AUGGGCUCCCCCGAUAUCCCACAAACCCAAACCGUCGCCCUGGUCAAAGAACUCGGGGGGCAAGUUGAAUUCAAAACAGAUUAUCCCGUACCAACACCAGGACCAAAUGAAGUCCUAGCAAAGGUGCUAUACACCGGCGUUUGCCAGAGUGACCUCCACACAAAACAGGGAACAGCAGCAGGCCCAGACGGAACCCCAAUUACAAAGAUUAAACUCCCACACGUCGGCGGCCACGAAGGAAUAGGCCGAGUCAUUGCCCUCGGCCCAGAUAUAACACAUACAACAGACCUCAAGCUAGGCAGUCUCGUCGGCAUCCGAUUCGCAAGCCGGAUCUGUCGACGCUGCGAAUUUUGUCUUGCUGGUACGGAACAGUACUGUGUUGCUAGUACGAACCAUUUGCAUCAUGAGGAUGGCAGUUUUCAGCAGUAUAUUGCGCUUGAUGCGGAUUAUUUGACGUUGCUUCCUGAUGAUGUUGAUCCGAAGGUUAUGGGGCCCGUUCUUUGUGCUGGUUUGACGGCGUAUAAGGCAGUUUUGAACGCGAAUAUUCGGCCUGGAAAUUGGGUUGUUGUUGUUGGGGCUGGUGGCGGGCUUGGGCAUUUGGCUGUUCAAUAUGCCAGGGCCCAAGGCGCAUUGGUCAUUGGUGUCGAUACCGGGCCUGGCAAAGGGGACUUUGUGAAAUCAAUUGGCGCUCAGCACUUCAUUGAUUUCGCCACUGAGGAUCCCGUCAAGAAGGUCAAAGAGGUUACCGGACUUGGUGCGCACGCUGCAGUUGUUACUGCAGGCAAUGCAAAGGCUUUCGCUCAUGCUUGCGAUAUGCUUCGCGUGGGAGGGACAUUGAGCUGCGUGGGUAUCCCACCCGGACGACCGUGUCUGGAGACUCCCAUCUGUACUAUCGUGAUCAAGGGGCUUAGGAUUACCGGUAACUUGGUCGGGUCACUGAAAGAGUGUAUGGAGGCUGUGGAUCUUGUGCGAAGGGGUGUUGUGAAGCCUGUUGUCAAGGUCCGGCAGUUCACGGAGCUGCCGCAGGUUCACUGA